AUGUUAUCCACAACUAAUAAUACUACACUAACAGCUGCAGGUACCCCAUCGUCAGGGUGCGGUACCGCAGAACAAAAUGAAGCCCUUCAACAUGAAUUUUUAUCUUCCCGUACAUCAGGUGCAACUCACUCGCUUCUCGGGGACUUCGCACUAGACAAGUUUGCUGGUAUCCAGGAUGCUGCUACCAACGAAUCUUUGAUCAAGAUGGAGGAAUCUCCUCCUUUAUUUAGUGGCGGCAGCGCUUGCUCUAGUGUUCUAGAUCUUUUGGGGCCAAGCGGCGAUGCUACUCCAUUAGUGAGUUUAGAGAGUCUCGGAGGCUCUGCAGAUCCAAGCACGUGGGCAUCGUUGUUUGAUGAUGACAUUCCAGUUAUAUUAGAUGAUGUUGAGAAGGCUGAUUUUGCUUACACUACUGCAGUUAACAAGGACAAUGGUUUCCUCCCUACUCCUGUCUUGGAGGACGCGGACUUUCCUACCAAAUCGCCCGUAUCUCCAUCAUGUUCUAAACGUGGAAAUUCUUCGUCUGCACCAUCUCCGGGUUCUACCAGAACUCCGAGUACUAGUAAGAAGGGCUCCGUGAGUAAGUCAGAGAAGUUUGAUCGUUUAGGGGUUAUCACAUACAACCGCAAGCAACGUGCUGCGCCAUUAACUCCUGUGGUACCUAAAUCAGACGAUCCUGUUUCUUUGAAGCGUGCUAGAAAUACUGAGGCCGCAAGGCGUUCUAGAGCUCGUAAGCUUGAAAGAAUGCAUCAGUUAGAAGUUCGCGUAGAAGAGUUGCUACAACAGAAUACUCAGUUGGAAGAUGAAGUAGCUAGGUUGAAGGCUUUAUUAGCAGAGGGGAACUGA